AAAAGAAGAUAGCAAUAUUGAUAAUAAGGAAAGAAGAAUUUUGCAGUAUUCUUUUUGCGUAUCCUUAACCAGUUUCUUUCUCUCUUUCUCUCUCUCUCUCUCUCUCUCUCUUUGUAAAUUUUUUGUUUCACUCUUGGUUGUCUCUUGAUUUGGAUUCGACAUUCUCGAAUAUGACCUUCGUUAAAAAUCGUGCCGUCAUCAAUGACGCUGACGACACGACACGACAAGACGACAAGGAGGAGAACAGUAUCGAAAGAUUGUUUUAAUAAAACGAGUUUAUCGAUUUAUCGCUUAGAUUUCAAGUAACAAAAAUUAUAUGGAGAUUAGUUCGUCGUAGAUAAUAUGUAUGAGUUGAGAUCGCAAUAACAGGUGUUUGUUUCUAUAAUUGUAAGUACGUCUUAGUUCAACUAACGCCAUUGAAGAAAUCGUUUGAAGUGAAGUGAAAAGAGGAAAAAUAAAAUCAAGGAAGAUCUGUUGUUAUUAUAUACAUAUUAAUAACGAUUAAAAUACAACGACGUUUUAUUUGAUCGAUCAGGAAUGGCCACGUUAUAUUAAAACGAUGAUUUGCGAGAGGUAAUAAUCGAUUAAUCGAUUUUCAUUAUCUCUCGAUGUAUAAAACGGGUAUGGUGACACUGAUCCAAUGCCAACAAACAGCAGACAAUAAUCUACAUCAAAAAGAACAAGAUAGCCAAAGAACAAUUAACGAAUUGUCACAAGUUGAUUCGUCACAUAAUUCGGCAAAAAAUAAUCGUGUUAAAUUUGAACAAUUGCAAUUAUCUAAAGACAAUAAUAAUACAGUGAUAACAGCAGCUAAUUGCAAUGGUGUUAUUAAUGGUACUCCUACGCAGUGCAGUGACAUAGAUAAUAAAAAGAAUAUAGUUGAUUGUUGUGCAAAUAAUGGGAUUGUUGUUGUUGAAGAAGAAGAAGAAGAAGAAGAAGAAGAAGAGGAAGAUGAUGAAGAUGAAAAUGAUACUGAUUUUGAAGAAGAAGAAUGGACGAAAGAUUUACCAGUGUCCACUGUUGUGCAACAUCAACAACAGAUUAUGGUGCCUAACGGUAAAGUGAUCUUACCAAAUGCUGAUCCAUCAACUUUCGGUGAUAUAUGCGUGAAAAACUCAACGAACGUUCAUCUGGGUAACAAAACUUUAUACAAGGGUCCGGUAACGAUAAGACAGUUCAUUUAUUCGAACCCAUCUUCGGUGGAGGGUAAAGAAACAACUGAAUGUGACGGACCACGUACAUCGGACGCUAACGCAUCCGAUUUAUCAUUAGGUAAAGCUGGACAUGGUCUUAGCAGGCCUAUUUUAUCACAAAAGAAUGAUUACGAGAGAGUAAAAAGCUGGUUAUGGACGUGGCGAUGCGCAGCACUUUUGUGUACAAUAGCGUUAAUUGUUGUGACCACAAUAGUUGUGGCUUCUGUACUUCUCACACACAGACACGAUGUCCCACCAGCUCCAGUUUUUCCGGAAAUACCAGAUUCUUCUCUCGAGGGUGUUAUAGUAAAUAGCGUGAGAUUCGUCCCGCGAAACGAAUGGGGAGCACAGCCACCAACGAAACCCUUGGACAAAUUAAAACAUCCUGUCCCUUACGUUAUCAUCAGCCAUACAGCUACUGAAUUUUGUUCAACGCAAUCGGAAUGUACUCUCCAUGUGAGAAUCGCACAAACGUUUCACAUCGAAUCAAAGCAUUGGUCGGACAUUGGAUACAAUUUUCUAGUUGGCGGUGAUGGUCUUGCUUACGUUGGACGUAGUUGGGAUUUCGUAGGUGCACAUGCCUUUGGAUACAAUAAUAAAAGCAUAGGAAUAUCAUUCAUUGGUACGUUUAACUCUGUAUUACCGCCGAAGUCUCAGCUACAUGCUGCAGAAAAAGUUAUUGAAUUGGGCGUUAAAAGUGGAAAAAUUGCCAAGGAUUAUAAAUUACUUGGUCACCGGCAAGUAUCGAAAACGUUAAGUCCUGGUGAUGCACUUUACAGUUAUAUAAAAACAUUGCCUCAUUGGGUACCUUUUCCUUAAUACAUCUUCUUAGUGUUUCAAUGAUAGAACUUGUUUCUUUUCCCUUUUUUUUUCGGAGUAUCAUUCCAAUAAAUUUAUCUGAAUGCUCUAUUAACUUUUUCCUUUGUUUCUUUUUUUUUUUUUUUUUUUUUUUUAUAUUUCUCUCCAAGUUUUCAAACA